UGAGUCCAGCCUCGCCCCACGCACGCGUCACCGCUUAAUGCAUGCUUCAGCAGUUCAGCAUCCUCUGCCCCGACCAGCUCAGCGGAAUUAACGGCACAACAGCUACCGGACAAAAUAACUCUCCUCUUCUUUAUACAGGUGCAGGCUGCCAGUGCUGAAACUGCUCCAGGGUGUUGGUCAGCAGAGCUGCAGACUACUUGUCCGUCUGUCUGUCUGGGUGAACAGGACAGAAGGAGCAAUGGCUAACAGGGGACCCAGUUACGGGCUGAGCAAGGAGGUGCAGGAGAAGAUAGAGCUGAAGUAUAAUCUAGACUUGGAGGCCCGGCUGGUGGACUGGAUCGUAGCUCAGUGUGGGGGGAACCUGGAGAGACCACAGCCAGGCAGACAGAACUUCCAGACAUGGCUGAUGGAUGGAACAAUUCUCUGUAGGCUCAUCAAUAGCCUGUACCCGCGUGGUAAGGAGCCCAUCAAGAAGAUUCUGGAGACCCAGAUGGCCUUUAAGCAGAUGGAGAAGAUCUCCCAGUUCCUGCAGGCAGCAGAGGUCUACGGAGUCAUCACCACAGACAUCUUCCAGACCGUGGACCUGUGGGAAGGGAAGGAUAUGGCCGCAGUGCAGAGAACCCUGAUGGCCCUAGGUAGUGUCGCCCUCACCAAGGACGAUGGACAUUACCGUGGCGACCGCGACUGGUUCCACAGGAAAGCCCAGGGUUACCGGCGGGAGUUCUCUGAGGACCAGCUUCGUCAAGGCCAGAGUCUGAUUGGUCUGCAGAUGGGAAGCAACCGCGGGGCCUCUCAGUCCGGCAUGACAGGCUACGGAUCGCACCGCCAGAUCAUGUAGAGACACCAGCCAGCCGCUCAGCCAGCCGCCAGCCGCUCCCUCUGCAUGGCUGUGUACUCCAGAAGAAAGCUCCGUCACGCCCCUGGAACCUCAUGAUAUGACCCAACCACUUUUCCCCCUUCCCCAGAAGCACUAGCAAAUCACACAAGCACACACACACACACACACACACACACACACACACACACACUUUUACUUUUCAUCCUCAACCCAAACAGAGUGCUCCUUAUACCCCAACCACAAUUCUAUAGACCUCAGUGCUUUCUGCUUCCCCCACCCCCGCUCUCAAUCCAAAUGGUCCCACUCUCUCCAUCCAUAUGGUCCCACUCUCUCCAUCCAUAUGGUCCCACUCUCUCCAUCCAUAUGGUCCCACUCUCUCCAUCCAUAUGGUCCCACUCUCUCCAUCCAAAUGGUCCCACUCUCUCCAUCCAAAUGGUCCCACUCUCUCCAUCCAUAUAGUCCUGCUAGCCAUUCCCUUCAGUGAAUGAAGUCUUCGUAAUUCAGUCGGUACAGAGAACCCAAGAUUGAAGUCAUCCCUCUACAAAACAAGCAAAUAGUAUUUUACACUUCUAACAAAUAUUAUAGCACGAAACGUUAUAGCAUGUUACAUAUUUUAAUUAACUGUUUGUUUGUAUGUACAGUAGGUGUGUCUAAGUCAUUGUAUAGCCAUUUGGGAGGGUUUGCUAUACCUCAUGAAAAGUUUAAUGUGUAACCGAAUGGAACUCAGUGAACGAUGAUGCCUCGGAUGUCUUGUGUCAAUAUGUGAAGACUUUGCGGUAACUUCUGUAACCAAAUGACCAUCACAUUGUGCCUGGUUAAUAUAGCAAAGGGACCAUAAACUAUGCCUUGUAUAAGAGAUGCCACCCACCCUAAUGCAGAGGAAUUCAUAGACCUAAAUUCAGUUCUGUUUUUGUACUAACAUUCUGUGCUGUGCAUUUAUUACUUAUGUAUAAUUGAUGUAAUGUACUUGUAUGUGCCCACUGUCCAUGUGUGUUUCAGCCAAUCCCAUGAUUGUUAAAGACCCACAGUAUGAAAGUGACAGUAGGAUCAUUUUGUUCCAGACCUGAUAUUGCUUGAAUGUAUUUUUUUCCCCUUCAAUGUAAUUUGUCAUGUUUACAUAAACAAAUAUGUUUAUAUCUGAAUCAUUGUGUGUAGAAAACAGUAAUAAAUUAGGUGAAAACUGA